CAGGCACGGGUGGUAUAACCACUCUUUCAACAAGCCGCCCUUUUCAAUCGAAUACGAAAACAGUUAAAAGUACGAGUUCAGCGGCCGCGGUAACUAAAAGCAUCCAGACCAUGACAACAGAGCCUCGCGUAUCUAUGGGUCGAACAACCGGGGUUAGACUGGCAAGUAAGUAUACAUAUACAGGUACACAUGUAUUUAGCUAGGAUUUCAAAGCAGAAAAAAAUGCAUCAAAACUAUCCUAGAAUAGGAACAACGUCAUAGGUCGUAACCUGUAAUUCAGAAGUACAAAUGAUGAAUAUUAUGGAGAUGAGAAUUUGUAGCACUUCAUUUUCAUAUGGAGUAUUUCAACUUAGAAGAAACAUUGCUUUUAUCAAAUAGAUAGAGAAUCCUCUAUUUUGGCUAAUGCAGACAUUUGUAUGCAGAGUUUUAUUACGUCUUUUAAUACGGUAGAAGCGCAACGUGGCGGUAGGACGCUGCCUGUCACCAUCGGAGUUGCAGUUGGUGUGAAUGUGCUGGUACUGACAGCUAUCAUAGUAACGGCCGUCAUAGUCAUGAGAAGGCGCAGAAACCCCACGCCAGUUCCGCCAAGUGCAUCAUCUCCUAAAGCCAUCACUGACGUCACAACUGACGUCACCACAGACCCAGAGCCGACGUACGACACCAUACGGGAGGAGGAGGAGGGCGGGGUCCAGCUGGCGUUGUCAGGGGCAACCUGUAGCUACUCCGCCAUUGGUCAGCCUAACGUGGCGUCAGGCCCGGAUCGGCAGGUACCUGUGUACAGCAAACCGGACAAGAACAAGGCGAAGACGCCACGAAAUGUCGAGGAUCUUUACGCGAAACCGAAUAAGAAAGAAUCUGGGGAAGUGGAAAACGUUUUGUACGAAAGUUCGGGGGAUUUAGGAGCUUCGUCAAGUCAGGAUGUGUUGUACGCUAGCGCUGACGAAAUUUAA